UGUGGUUCAAAUGUUGAAUGGUUGGACAGCACCUGGAUUUUCCCAGAGGCCUCUUUCAGAAGCAGGGGCUUUUCAUCCCUGGGGAGAGUAGGCUUAUUCUCGACUCUGCUCGCUUCUACAAUGCAGCUUCCAGCAAGGAGUGUGGGAUAGUGCCAGCUGUGGUUGUGGCAUUUCACGUGAUUCAAGCAAAUGUCAGCUAGGAGUUAGCUUGAGAUGACCUAUUUAUUUCAUUUAGGUUGUGCAGCGGGUGUUGCUGGCAGUGAUUUGCAGACCGGAUUGACCUGUCCUGGAGUAGAUGAGAUAAAAAGUGCAGUUCUCUCAACUCAGGAGUUCAUUGGCAAGAAAACUGAAAGCAGAUAAUCCCUAGGAACUACUCUGCAGUCUGGCUUCUGCUAAUACCGGGCACAAUGGCUACCGUAGCCCAGAAGCACUUUUUGGAAGGGCAGACGUACUCAGUUCCCCUGAUCCAACCAGACUUACGCAGGGAGGAGGCUGUUCAGCAGGUGGCAGAUGCACUUCAGUAUCUGCAAAAGGUGUCAGGCGAUAUCUUCAACAGGAUCUCUCAGCGGGUGGAGGCCAGCCGGGCACAGCUUCAGGCAAUCGGUGAGAGAGUCACACUCGCCCAAGCGAAGAUUGAGAAGAUAAAGGGGAGCAAGAAGGCUAUUAAGGUAUUUUCCAGUGCCAAGUAUCCAGCCCCUGAACGACUGCAGGAGUACAGUUCAAUUUUUGCUGGUGCAGAAGACCCAGGUAAACAGAAAUGGCCAAGACACAAGAUUCAGAGCAAACACCGAGUGCUGGAUGAGAAAGCUCUGCAGGAGAAGCUCAAGUAUUUCCCUGUGUGCGUGAGCACCAAAAUUCACCAGGAGGAUGAUGCAGAAGAAGGCCUUGGCAGCCUCCCCAGGAACAUCAGCUCCCUCAGCUCCCUGCUGCUAUUCAACACCACUGAGAACCUGUACAAGAAGUAUGUUUUCCUGGAUCCUCUGGCUGGAGCAGUGACCAAGACCCAUGUGGCUCUGGAAACAGAGACAGAAGAGAAGCUCUUCGAUGCUCCUCUCUCCAUCACCAAAAGGGGACAGCUGGACCGACAGGUAGCUGAAAAUUACUUCUACGUGCCAGAUCUGGGCCAGGUCCCUGAGAUUGAUGUGCCGUCCUACCUGCCAGACCUGCCUGGCAUUGCUGCAGAUCUCAUGUACAGUGCUGAUCUGGGCCCCGGCAUCGCACCAUCUGCCCCUAGCAGUGCUAUUCCAGAGCUGCCCACUUUCAACACUGAGUCAGUGGAGCCUUUGCAACCAGACCUUCAAGACGCUGAGCUAUUGCCGCCUCCUCCACCACCGCCUCCUCCACCACCUCCUGUUAUGCCAACUACUGUGCCUCCUCCGCCGCCCCUGCCCCAGCCCACAGCCCCCUCUGAGCCAGCCCGGACAGCAAGCGAGGAGAGCAGCAAUGCGGUGCCCGCAGCUUCGGUCCAGGGAGCCCCGAAGGAGGUGGUGAACCCCUCUACUGGGCGUGCCAGUCUCCUGGAGUCCAUCCGCCAGGCCGGUGGCAUUGGGAAGGCCAACCUCCGCAGUGUCAAGGAGAGGAAGCUGGAGAAGAAGAAGCAGAAGGAACAAGAGCAAGUGAGAGCAACAGGACAAGGCGGAGAUUUGAUGUCAGACCUCUUCAACAAACUGGUGCUGAGGCGCAAAGGUAUUUCAGGGAAAGGGCCGGGAGCCUCUGGAAAUCCCGAUGCUCCUGGAAGUCCUGCUGGUGCCUUUGCUCGUAUGUCGGACUCAAUACCACCCCUCCCACCGCCACAGCAGCCCACGGGUGAGGAGGAUGAGGAUGACUGGGAGUCAUAGAUGGGGUCAGUUGUGCAUCAGCGUGAAUCCCAGGACUCUUGAACUAAGCACCUUUGAGAGACACCAGCCUGUGGAAGUACCUCCGGGAGGGUGAGCACUGGCGUGGCAGGGGGACCCUGACGUUUCUUCUUGAAGAAAGCGGGAGCAACAGGAGCUAACCGCUGCUGAGGUUAUAGUUACCAAUGAGGGUUUUUCUUCUGCUGUCUGCUAUUCUCCACCCCAAAUACUACAUUCCAUCUCAAAUGCUGCUGCUGUGACUGGUGGCGACUGCAAAAGCAUUUCUUGCAGGCAAACAGCCCUUGCCUCAUUUGUCUCCUUGUGGCUUGCUUGCUGAAGCUCCUGUUUGCUUGGUUGUUGCUAGAAGAGAAAAUGCGAGUGUGUGUGUGUCCCUUCAUGGAGGUUUAAUUCCUGGUGCCUCUGCACACGGUGGUUUCUCUCUCCACCUGGCUUAUGGUAAUUCUUUGCCUGUUGCUGCCUGAAAAAUGUCAAUAAAGUUGAAGGA